ACGAUAGUAGUAGGCCAACUUUUAAAGAGACAAUACACCAAAUAGUCAAACAGUAUUCAAAGAAAUUUAUUUACUCAGUGAUUUUUGCAUUUAUAAACACACAGACACAUAUAUUUACCCAAACAAACAUGAAUCAAGUAUUAGUGCAACCGAAAGCAUAUCCCACCAAUUUGCUGCAAAAAGAUUGGAGCAAAAGAAAGUUAACGCAUCGUUGCGGUCAGGCGUUCGUGGAUAAGGUGCACGAUAUGGAGGUGCGAGACGACGAUGUGUGGAUUGUGACGCUGCCGAAAUGUGGCACAACUUGGAUGCAAGAGCUAUUGUGGUUGGUUAUGAACGACUUUGACUUUGAGGCGGCACGCAGUGAGCACUUGGAAGUGAGAACGCCGUAUUUAGAGUUCAAUUAUGAGAUACACAAUGACUUGGAUCAUGCAUUCGCACCAGUUGAAGCACUCAAAUCACCGCGUCUUAUUAAAUCGCAUAUGCCAUUGCCAUUACUACCGCAGCAGCUGUGGAUGAAGAAACCAAAGCUAAUUUACGUCUAUCGCAAUCCGAAAGACUAUAUCGUUUCGCGAUAUUAUCAAUAUCGCAGCCUCGGCUAUUUUAUGAGCACAACGCUGGCGGAAUUCGCUUUGAAGUGUAUAGAGGAAGAUCGCGCUGCGCCAUCGAAGGAUUUCGAACAUGUAACGGAGUUUUAUGAGCUACGCAAUGAACCUUGGAUCUACUACACCAGCUUCGAGCGCAUGAAAUUGAAUUUGCAUCAAGUAAUCGAAGAUAUUUGCAAAUUUCUCAAUAAAACAAUUAGCGAAGCGCAAAUAGAACAAAUGUUGCAACAUCUGUCCUUUGAACAGAUGAAAAAAAAUCCCAAAUUAAAUCACCAUUGGGAAUUCGAGCAAGUGCGUGCCAAGUUGAAAAGCGAAUAUGAGGAUAAUAAUUUCAUGCGUCGUGGUAAGGCCGGUGGCUAUAAAGAUGAGUUAUCAGCAGAUAUUAUCGCCAAGUUGGAGGACAUGAUACAACGUAAUCUCGAUCAUUAUGAUCUGAGUUUAAAUCAAUUGCUUUUGCUGGAUGAUAAAGCGGCGCUGUGAAAAAGAUUUUACAUUUAAAUCGAGGAAGCGAACUUCCAAUUUCGUAUAUAAUUUUCAAAUAUUUUUUUUUGUACCGAAAUUUAUUAACAUUGAAUAGAAAUUAAUAUUUUUAUUUUAAAAUUGUAUCAACAUAA